CAGAAGGCAGCUGUCGCUUCUUGAAAACAUGUCGCCCAUGAAGCUGUGUGUUCCAGGUGAAAGGCUCUGCAGCACGGAGGACUGUAUCCCCGGCACCGGCACGUAUCUGCGGCACGGCUAUGUCUUUGCCUCUCUUGCGGGGUACGUACUGAGGAAGAACGAAGGAGAGGAGCUUCCAGUAAUUUCAGUUGUUAGAGAGACAGAAGCACAGCUUUUGCCUGACGUCGGUGCCAUUGUCACCUGCAAGGUAACAAGUAUCAACCCAAGGUUUGCUAAGGUUCACAUCUUGUAUGUGGGGUCGACACCACUGAAAGAUCGCUUCAGAGGCACUAUCAGAAGAGAAGAUGUGAGAGCUACAGAGAAAGAUAAGGUGGAGACGUACAAAAGCUUCAGGCCAGGGGACAUCGUCCUCGCUAAAGUUAUCUCUUUAGGUGACGUGCAGUCGAACUACCUGCUAACUACAGCUGAGAAUGAACUGGGCGUGGUGGUGGCCCACAGUGAGGCUGGCGCUCAGAUGGUUCCCAUCAGCUGGUGCGAGAUGCAGUGUCCACGCACACAUGCUAAAGAGUUUCGCAAGGUAGCGCGGGUACAGCCGGAGUACCUGCAGGCCUGAGCCACGCCCACCAGGUCCUUUAACCACACCCACUGGAACACACAGCUUCAAAGACACGCCCUCUUACUUUACUCAUGUCGAUUUCUCUGUCAGAUUGUGUUUGUGAAUGUGGAUUUUAUUCUCAACAGGUGUAAUGCGUAUGAAGUGCACACUGAUAAAUUGAUUUAAAACCAUUUCUAAAACCGUAGGAGCAAUGAUGACAUAAGAAUAACAUUUUACUAUGAUAAGAAUGUAGUAGUGUAAUGAAACAGGCAUUUAUAACAUUUUGGGUGUGAUGCAAUGUCAUAUGUGAAAUUGUUUUAGAGCCUCUACAAACAUCCCAGGAUGUUGGUUAUAAGUGAAUCUUAUGAAAAAAUCUGGUUUAUAAUUUUACCUCAGAAUCAAGAAAAAAAAGUCUUUAUAAAAAGACAAUGAAGCCUUUUUAAGACCAUCAGUGUUUGACAUAAUUUACAAAACAGUUAAGCACAUCUUUCUCCUUAUUCUCAUUAAAAUAUUACUGUUUUACAUUUGUUAAACACUAUUUGCGUUAUAGUUUUGAAAUGAAAUUAUAUUGCAUUACUGUAAUGAGAAUUGUGGGUGAAGAGUUAUUAAUUGUCAUGAGAAUUUCACUAUGAAGAAAUGAGCUUAUCCUAAAAAUAGGCUUUGUUUUGGGGUAAAACCUGGUUUUGUGAGAAUGUAAACCACCAAUGAUACUUAUAAAAGUAAAAUGGUGUUUUUUAAACCAUCCAGGUCAUUUGAUUCAUACAGUAUGAGAUCCAUAAACAACAAUCCUGAAUUUAUAAGAAAUGUCACAAUCGCAUUUCAAAAGAAACCCAUGAUGGAGAAUCUUUGGAGGAAAUCUGAAGUGAAGUUACUUAGGUUAUUUUGGCGGCACUGUUUUCAAACUCUUGGCACAUGGACCAUUCGGAGAUGUUCGAGUUUCUUUUUGCUGCUUUUAUUCUUGGAAUAUGUUUCUUUAUUUUCAUACUUUUACUUUGUUCUGUCACUUUGUAACUGUUUUGAAAGGUCAUGUGUUUACAAGAGAAAAAAUAAAGCAUCUAACAAAAGAAAA